AUGAACAAUAACUGGUCGAACCCCGCCGUCGGUGGGGGCCCGCUGCAACAGCAGCAAAUAGAGCAGACAAGAGCGGUAUCCCUGGAGACUCUGGUAGAUACGAGGAACAAGAAGCUCGUGGAGCUGUACUGUGUUUCAAAGCUCGGGGAGCUGCUGGAUAUAGUGGAUGAGGCGAAGUUCCAGAACGAUCUCGAUGAGUUUCUUGCGAAGAACGAUAUAGUGAAGAAGGGUUUACGGUUCCAUGCUUCUAGUUUGCCCGCUCAACCACACAACCUCAGUCAUCAUGUUGGGCCGAGCUUGAAUCUGUCGAAUUCGGCGCCGCAUUUGCAGACUGGUAGGCAGGCCGCUGGAGGGAGAAACUCUUUGAUCAACUCGAAGAAGAGAAGCAUAUCAACGAGCAGUAUUAGUAAUAUAUCAAAACGUGAGAGUGGUAGUCAGAGUAAAAAUGGAGGCGGUAAGGGCAGCGCCGGGUCCACAGCGACGCGACACAGUAUCAGCAUUAUGGGGAGGCCGAAAAGUGGCACUCCACAGGUGUCAAUGGUUAGUCCUAGCGAAAGUGUCGACAUCGGGACCGGUAAGUCUGGUGACCAGUUUAUUUCAGUCGACGUUGCAGGCGUACCGAAACAGUCUUUUCAGGAACCAGUGGAAACGGCGGAAAUGUCACAAACGACAGAUGUCAAGGCACGAUCGCAGCCUGCUAGUGGAACUCGCAAAAGAGAACUUGGUUCAGAUUCGACAGGCGUAAAAGAUAGCGCCGAGGAACCCGUCGCAAAGAGAGCAAAAGUGCACUUUGAUGACUCUCAAUACAAUUCGUACCACGCGGAGCAUCGUUCCGCGGACACUGAGGAUGAUGCAUCAAGACCGGCUCGCGCCAUGACCCAACAUAUCCCAUAUUACGUGGAUCCAAAUCUACCGACGCCGAAGGCCACCCCGAUAGAAACGUCGCAUAGGUCCAAGAACGAACUGGUCAACAGAAUACACAACCAAAGGGAUGUAAAGACAAGUGGGUUUGUCCCCAAUAAUGUAAACUCAAAGGAAUCCAUUCUUCUGCUAAUGAAGGAUAUCAUACCUUCAAAGGUAGCGCAAGGCAUACCCCUCGCAGAAUUACGAUACAUGUCGCAGACUUUGCCCCUAAUUAACCUAAUCCCAAGGGCUCAUAAGAUCCUCACAACAGAUAUAAUUAAUAAUGCAUUGAACGAGGCCAGAAUCACAGUGGUUAGUUCGCGAAUAGAAGAAUUGAGAAGGCUGGGGCUAUGGUCCCUCAGACAACCAAAAAAAUUCGUAGACCCCUUCAACAAUGGGGAUACGCAUCAUAGUGUAUUGCUGAAUGAAGCCAAAUGGAUGGCUGACGACUUCAAAGAGGGGAAAAAGUACAAGAUGGCUGUGUGUAUCACCAUGGCACAAGCAGUGGCAGAUUACUGGACUUACGGGAAGGAACACUCGUGUGUGGAAACUAGAGAACCACGUUUCCUAUCCCAGGAGGAACAGGAAACGGCAAAUAACCCAGUUGACACAGACCAGGAGCAUCCUGUCGGAAGUGACAGUGAAUUGAAACCGGCGGCAAUCAUAGACGCAGAGGAUGAAGCUGCUCAAAGUAAUACAGAAUCACACACCCAAGGGUCUCCUGAUUCACAAGGCGAAGUUGCCGCAGAUGUAGAAAGUGAGAUACCGUCACCGGUAACAACUGUGGCAUCGAUAGAUACAAAACUGUUGUUAAAGGAACCAUCUGAAGCGGCACCAAUGACAACAGAAUCACUAGGCUCGUUGGUCAAAGACUCUACACUGAAUCCUGCACCUUCCCCUCAGAGAAACCCCGCGGGGCCCUUCAAGCUUACUCUGUCAUUUGAUGAGCUAAAUGACAAUGAGAGGGCAAUUGCGGAAGACAUCCCGUUGUACGUUGGUGUAAAAGAGGAAGCGGGAAUUUUGGGGGAAACCCAGAAUGAAAAGCCAGAUGUCCUACCGUUUGCUCUGAUCUCUAAAUCUAUGACAACGCUGGAGGAUGACCAUUUUUAUAAGUUAAUUGAAAGGCAGGUGAUAGAUGACGAACAGUCGUUGGUCCAAUUGAGUAAAAGGAGAGGAAUGUUUUACGGGAACCGAAGGAGCCAUUAUUUGAGGCCACCCUCUGUCCCUUCGUUGAGAUACCUACAAAAUAGAACACCAACAAUCUGGCUGCCCGAAGACGAUCAAGAACUGGUCAAGAAUAUCAACAAUUACGCCUAUAACUGGGAGCUGAUCAGUGCCAAUAUGGUUCACAUGCCAAGCAGAUCGUACUUGUCGAACAUCGAAAGGCGGACUCCUUGGCAGUGCUUCGAAAGAUUCGUCCAACUGAAUGAAAGAUUCAAUUUUAACGAUUUGAAGGGCCCACGGGCGCAUAGAGCGCAGAUGUGGUUGAUUGAGGCUCACAAGUUUCAACAGAGACAAAAUAGAAGAAUAUCACCAUUGGGUGUCGGUGCAGAAUCUAUCCAGCGUGGUCACAGGAGGUUACGCUGGGCGAGUAUGUUUGAAGUGAUGAGAAGAUGUAUCAAAAAGAGGGAAAAUAUGCCUAGACCUAACCCAACACAAUCGAGAAAACCCUUGGACUGCAAAAACAUGAAAGUCCCCACACCAGCUGAGAUGUCUCAGUUGAAGGCGCAGCGAGACGAAGCGUUGAGAAGGGAUAUGCAGUUAAGAAGGACUGCGAAGAGUAGGCUACAGCAGAAACAAACACAGGCCGCUCAACAGGCACAGCAGAUCAAGGGAGCAGCGCGAGCGCAAACGGUACCCAACCCUGUCAAAGUUGAGCCCACACCUCAGAGCUUGCCUCCACAAAGGAAGUUGACGGAGCGUGAGAUCGUAGAGUCGUACUCACGAAAGAUUCUUUUGCAGAAACCGAAUCUGUCCCCAGAGCUGGCACUCAAGGCGGCAGAGAGUUACUAUAAGCAAAUAAAGGAGCAACAAAUACAUCAGGCCCGUGCCGAGAUCAUCCAGCGGAGUGGAGCGCAGAUUGUUCCAGGGCUUCCAGGACAUCCCGUGCCCAAUUCGAUGACUGCUAACGGCACAGACGUGAAUAAGAUCAAGUCUCCGACGCCGUCAGAAAUCUUACAGAGAUAUCAGAAGUAG